CGCAGUUGCAGGUGGCUCGCCCUCGCCGGCUCGCCCGAAGCGUCCACCAGGCACCAGAGCUCUGUUCCGGCGGGCCGUCUCCGCCCUCCGUCCGGCCGCCGCGCGUUCCGCCGCAGCUGGCAACUCCGCUCUGACGGACCUAGGAGGAGAAGGUCGAGGGGGAAGUCUCCCUCACGAGAGGCGAGGAUGUCGGGGUUCGGCGAUGGGUACGUGGGGACGGCGCAGGACGCGGUGAAGAUCCGGCGGCUGGAGAAGCAGCGCGAGGCGGAGCGCCGCAAGAUCGAGGAGCUCAAGAACAAGUCCGCGGACGGGCAGCCCGGCCUCCUCCAGUUCGGCUCCAGCACCUCCGAGAUUCUUGAGACUGCAUUUAAGAAGGAAACAGUUGGUCUCGUCACCAGGGAGCAGUAUGUCGAGAAGAGGGUUAACAUUCGAACCAAGAUCGAGGAGGAAGAGAAAGAGAAACUUCAAAAGCUGCAACAAGAAGAAGAAGAAUUGCAAAUGCAGAAAAGGAAAAAGAGGAGAGUGAAGGGUGAUCCACGCUUAUCUUUUUUUGACGACAUUGAGAAUGGAAGUGAUGAAGAUGAUUUUGAGAAACAAGAAACCAAGAAAAAUGGCCCUGUCAAACUUGGAAAGGAUCCAACUGUCGAGACAAGUUUUCUACCCGAUAGAGAAAGGGAGGCAGAGGAACAAGCAGAACGAGAACGACUGAAGAAGCAGUGGUUGCGUGAGCAGGAAUUGAUCAAAAAUGAACCUCUUUCAAUUACUUACAGUUACUGGGAUGGGACUGGGCACAGGAGAGUUAUCCAGGUCCGUAAAGGUGACAGCAUUGGAGAAUUCCUAAGGGCCGUUCAACAGCAGCUUGCCCCUGAAUUCCGUGAAGUACGGACAACUUCUGUUGAGAAUCUACUUUAUGUGAAGGAAGAUCUUAUCAUCCCUCAUCAACACAGCUUUUAUGAAUUAAUUAUCAACAAAGCGAGGGGCAAGAGUGGACCGCUUUUCCAUUUUGACGUUCAUGAGGAUGUUCGUACCAUUGCCGAUGCAACAAAAGAAAAGGAUGAGUCUCAUGCGGGGAAGGUUGUAGAGAGGCAUUGGUACGAGAAAAAUAAGCAUAUAUUCCCAGCUUCAAGAUGGGAGAUCUAUGACCCAACAAAAAAGUGGGAACGCUACACAAUCCAUGGGGAUUAGCAUGGACCAUCAUACAUAGAGCUAAAUUAUUUGUACUUUGGAUGUCUGAAAUUACCAGCACUCGGGUAUGAGAAUGGCACAAGUGACGAUUGGAAUAGUAGAUUAUUAGUGCUGUUUGCCAACAUGUACUGCUAAAACUAGAAUUAUAUGACUGUUAUUUUAGCGAUGCCAAAAUUUACUCCUCUUUGAUACUUGUAUGUGAAACAUGUACUUUUACUGAUGAUAUUUCCCAUUUCCCCCCUGAAA